AAGUUGGUACAUAGCUGGAGUAUGUAGUGACCUGGCGCAGAUUGAAUUCGGUCAUUUUUGUGACUGCUUCGAGUGUGCGCACCCGGAGCUCCAUUGACUGAAACCACGUGUUGACGCUCUAACUAAAUUAAGCCUAAAUUAAAAUUAAAUAAAAGAUUCAAGUGGCAUUCGAUUGAUUCGAAUAACAUACACGUAAAAUGGCAGACUACGUCCUAGGCGAUUUAAAAUCAUCUGAUGUACCAAUGCCAGAGGAUGGCCUAUCAGCAGGACAAAUGUUCAACGCUGGUGAGGGUCUCACGUACAAUGACUUCAUCAUAUUACCUGGAUACAUAGAUUUCACGGCUGAGGAAGUCGACCUGGUGUCACCAUUGACGAGAAAAAUCACCCUCAAGGCACCUCUAGUCUCAUCCCCCAUGGAUACUGUUACGGAGUCUGACAUGGCUAUUGCCAUGGCAUUAUCUGGUGGCAUCGGAAUAAUUCAUCACAAUUGUACCCCAGAGUAUCAGGCCUCCGAAGUCCACAAGGUGAAAAAAUACAAACACGGUUUCAUUAGAGAUCCAGUGGUCCUCUCUCCAAACCACACAGUGCGUGAUGUCAUCAACGUAAAAGCUGAACACGGUUUCUGUGGAGUUCCCAUAACGGAAAAUGGAAAAAUUGGUGGCAAACUAGUGGGAAUAGUGACCUCCAGAGACAUUGACUUCCUCGAGGAUACUCCUAACCAGGCGAACCUCAAGCUCAGCACAAUAAUGACCCAAUUGGAGAAUUUGGUGACAGCGAAAUCACGUGUCACCCUUCAGGAGGCGAAUUCCAUCCUCGAAAAAUCGAAAAAAGGAAAACUUCCCAUUGUAAACGACAAAGGGGAACUAGUGUCGCUCAUGGCGAGGACUGAUUUGAAGAAGAACAGGAGCUAUCCGAGUGCCAGUAAAGAUGAGAACAAACAGUUAUUGGUGGGUGCUGCAAUUGGCACGAGAAUGGCAGACAGAGAGAGAUUAAAACUACUAGCAUCAGCAGGUGUUGAUGUUGUUAUCCUUGAUUCAUCUCAGGGAAAUUCGAUUUAUCAAGUGGAGAUGAUUAAAUUCAUCAAGGCAGAAUUUCCGGAGCUGCAGGUGAUCGCCGGUAACGUUGUUACAACGAUGCAAGCGAAAAACUUGAUUGAUGCUGGAGCGGAUGGGUUGAGGGUGGGAAUGGGCUCAGGCUCGAUUUGUAUCACCCAGGAGGUCAUGGCUGUUGGUAGACCACAGGCAACAGCUGUUUAUAAAGUUGCAGAGUACGCCAGAAAAUUUGGAAUUCCAAUAAUAGCUGAUGGUGGAAUUCAAUCAAUUGGGCAUAUUAUCAAGGCUCUCAGCCUUGGGGCAAGCACGGUUAUGAUGGGAUCAUUACUUGCUGGUACUUCUGAAGCACCUGGCGAAUAUUUCUUCAGUGAUGGGGUUCGUUUGAAAAAAUACAGGGGCAUGGGAUCACUCGAGGCUAUGGACAGGAAGGAUGCCAAGGGAUCAGCUAUGGAUCGAUAUUUUCAUAAUGAAAUGGAUAAAAUGAAAGUUGCACAGGGUGUCAGCGGAUCAAUUGUCGACAAGGGAAGCGUACUCAAGUUUUUACCGUAUUUACAAUGUGGCAUCAAGCAUGGAUGCCAAGAUAUUGGAGCUAGGUCUGUGUCAUCUCUUAAGUCGUUGACUUACAGUGGGGAACUUAGAUUUGAGAGACGAUCUCAUUCCGCCCAGCAAGAAGGCAAUGUUCAUAGUCUUUUUUCCUACGAGAAGAGACUCUACUGAAUAUUAUAAUCAUCUCUUACCAUCUUUUCACCCUGUACUAUAAUUUUUCUUAUUCCAAUUCCAAUCGUACCUGCAUUUUUUGCCAAAUUGUCACCACUACUUGGUACACUUGGUAAUUUAAUUCAAUAGAAUGUCUUUAUUUUUCAAAUAGACUAUCGCUUUCAUCUUUCUCUGCAUAAUACAUUCAAAAAUGCAGUAAUUUUUUUUCGGGAAAUUAGCGAAUUGGGGGGAUCAUGAGUUUGUGAAAGUCUCUUAUAUUUUUGAAAAUCUUUUACACGAAUCAAUACAAUUGUCGUCCAAAAAAAAACAUUUGUCGAUAUUUUUUAAUGAAUUUAUGAUGUCAGUUUUGGAGUGCUACUGUGAAAUUUAAUUUUUUAUAUCAUGGUUAUGAUUUUGUUGGAAUAAUUCUGAGGAAUUCUUGUAAGCAUUGAUAGUGAUUGUUCUACUAAGGAACUUGUAUUACUCAUCUUAUCUCAUGAAAAAUCUGAGUUUAUAAAUGUUUAGCUAAUAUAUUUUAAAUUGAAACAUUAUAUCAGACAUGAAUGGCCACAAAUAAAUUAGUCUUGUACGUCAUCUGUUCAA